UUCUUCAUCUUUGCCUCACCAACAAUCAUUCUCUCUCCCCUUUCGAAAUCCUCAAAUCGAAUCCCUAAUUUACAAAUUCAAACGAAUCUCCAAAGCCUUGGACUUUGAUUCGUUCGUGCUGUAAUAAUGGUGAAGAAGCGAAAAUCUGACGCCAGUCGACUCGAUGAGGUGGAUCGAACCAUGUACGGCGCGUUUCGAGGUGCUGCUAAUUCGCUAUCUCAGCUCUAUACCCAUGCCAUGAACCACCAACGCGUCUCUUUCCUCGCCGGUGAACGUCGCGGGCUGGAGAAGCUUCACCAAUGGAUUGUGAGACAAGAAGAAGAAGGAACAAGAGUGUCCACAGAUGACAUUACUACCUACUUGCAGAAUGAGCUUGAAUAUGAACCUGAGGAGACUUCGAUACCAGCCCCCAUGCAAGAGUUCCAUCAUAACCACCAGUUCGCUCCACCAAACGUACAUCCUUCUUCUGCAGCUCUUGCUCCUUCAAGUCACAUAGCCCAACACUAUGAUUUUAACCAGGAGAAAGUCUUUUUGACUCAACCAAAUGGUCUCUCCAGUCCUGUUCGAAGAACCCUUCAGGAUUUCAGCUUGCGUGAGGCUGAGCCUGGUAACCACCACCAUCCAAACUCUACCGGCCAGGGGUUCUUUUAACUGAUUAUCUUUUGUUUCAUUUGUCAACAAUUUAAAACCAAAAGUUCAAUUGUAAAGUCUCAAUUGUUUCAUGUAAUACUUUCUUUAAAUCUUUGGAAGAGUUUAAAAUUGACCCCUAGAUAGAUAAAAUCUCUGAUUACGACUUUGUC